AUAUAUAUAUAUAUAUAUGUUUGUAUGUAUUUCUUUUGUUAAAUGCACAGGUAUUCAACCGUUUGUGACAUUAUUUCACUGGGAUCUUCCUCAAGCCCUUGAAGAUGAGUAUGGUGGUUUUUUAGGCCCUCAGAUAGUGAAAGAUUUUCAAGAUUUUUCAGAGCUAUGCUUCAAGGAAUUUGGAGAUAGAGUAAAGUAUUGGAUGACAAUGAAUGAGCCAUAUAUUUUUAUCCUUGAUGGUUAUGACUUGGGCUCAAAAGCACCUGGUAGGUGUUCACCAUGGAGGUCCAAAGGUUGCCCUGCUGGGGACUCAGCAACUGAACCCUAUAUAGUUGGUCAUCAUAUGCUCCUUUCUCAUGCUGCAACUGUGAAGCUAUACAAAGAGAAAUAUCAGGAAUCACAGAAGGGGCAAAUAGGGAUAACCCAUGUGUCUCAUUGGAUGGUGCCUUACUCUAAAUCCAAGCUCGACCAAAAAGCAGCCCAACGAGCACUCGAUUUCAUGUAUGGAUGGUUUUUUGACCCAAUAGUCUAUGGGGAUUAUCCACAAAGCAUGCGAAGUCUUGUAGGAAAACGUUUACCAAAGUUCACUACUGAGCAAGCUAAGAUGGUUAAAGGGUCCUUUGAUUUCAUGGGGCUAAACUACUACACUGCAAAUUAUGCAGCUAAUCUUCAUUUCCCUAAUAGUAUUAAUGCCAGCCUCACCACGGAUUCUCAUAUUAAUCUUACAACUCGCAAAAAUGGAAAACCCAUUGGCAAACCGACUGAUGUAAGCGCAUUUUGUGUUUAUCCGAGAGGACUUGAAAAGCUUUUGCUCUACACAAAGGAAAAGUACAACAACCCAGUUAUUUACAUUACAGAGACUGGGAUGGGUGAUGCCAACAAUAGGACAACCAAGGAAGGUGUAAAUGAUCCUCAGAGGAUAGCUUUUUAUCGUGGCCAUUUGUUGGCUACUCAAGAAGCCAUUAGGAAUGGUGCCAAUGUUAAGGGUUUCUUUGCAUGGUCAUUUCUAGACAAUUUUGAAUGGAGCAAUGGUUAUACCGUGAGGUUUGGUAUCAACUACAUUGAUUACAACGAUGGACUAAAAAGAUACCCCAAACUUUCGGCGCUUUGGUACAAGAAAUUUCUCCUUAAAUAGUUCAAAUUAUUGUUGGAAGUCAGAGGAACGGUACUAUUUUUGUCUUUUCUGCUCUUGUAAUAUAUAUGUACCGAAUAAUCGGAUAAAUACUCGACUCUUUCAUGUUGGCUUGUGCUACUAGAUUUGUAUUUGUCUUGCAUUCUUCUUAUUGUCUCCCUUUGUCAUGUGUAUUGUGAAAUUUGUGGAUCGUUUCCUAAUGAAUGUUCUAUGAAUAUAUGUAUUAUGAGA